AGAGAACAUGAUGCUUGUUUUUUUAUUGGUACGUAGUUUUUUGCAUAGGUGGUGAUUUUUUCUUAGUGGUAGUGUUUUUUCGUAUUGAUAUUGCUUUUUUCGCAUUGAUAUUGAUUAUCAUGUAAGCAUAUUGUUUUUUUUUUUUGAAAUGGUAGUGUUCUUUUUCUGUAGUGGUAGUGUUUUUCGCAUUAGUAUUGUUUUUCUCUUUUUUUUUUUUUGCAUUGGUAUUGAUUAUCAUGUAAUGAUAUUGAUUUGCAAGUAUUUGUAUUGAUUAAAUCUGCAAUGUUAUUGGUGUUUUGUGAAAUGGUAGUGUUUUUAUUUCUCGAAUGGUAUGGUGUUUUGUGAAAUUGUAGUUUUUUUUAUUUCUCGAAUGCUAUUGGUGUUUUGUGCAUUGGUAGUGUUUUUUAAUGGAUUGAUAUUGUUUUAUUGUUGCAGUGGUAUUAGUUCGGCUAAACAAAAACAAGGAAAAGAUUGAGAAAAAGAAGGAAGAGAGAUCUGACUGGAGAUUGUGAAAAUGAGAGAAAGAGUGAGAAAAUUGUAAUUAAUUUAUAUUUGUAAUUUUCUAAAAUAUAAUUUAUUAAAAAAAUAAUUAAUAAUUUUUUUGUCAUACCCAAAUUGCCCUUAAUAACCACGAAGUUUACUAUUAUAGUAAUCACUGUAACCUGUUCUUUUCUCCUGCCCCUCUAAAGGGUAAUGAGAGGGGCCGGUGGACUACGCUUUGUUUCGAUAUUCUGUGUCGAUUGAGAACCAAUGCUGUAACUUGCCAGAGAUCUUACGUACACGGUGUGCUAGCAGCUAGGCGAUUGAAUUAGGUUAAUGGAAAUUAGGGGAUACUAUCUUUUUAAUUGUCUCACAGGGUCUUAGGUUUGAAGCGUAACUCUUGAGUGGCUGAUAUCCUUCUGGGUCCUUUCUCGAACCUGUGCAUUUAUCGGUGUAGUUUUCCGUAUUUACGGUACUUUUCAUACCUUAAGCAGAGGAUGUUUAUUGCUUCAUCCGGUUUCAGACUUUCAGUCAUUCUAAACUGGUUCUUCUAUAUGCUUUAUCUGCUUCUUGCUUCAUAUGUUUGUAGAGAACUGGAGUUUCUCUGUUGAUGGUGAGUCAGUCUCGAGCAACACUUGCUCCAUUCCGAUACUGAUGUGAAAGUUGCCUUCUGCAUUAGCGAGAUUACGAGGAUAGCAGCACCUCAUGCACCUUAGGAUGAUGCCCAGAUGAGGGUCCGUUUUAACUUCCAAUGUUGCCCUUCCUUUGUUAGUGGUUUUUCCCCGUUCCCGUUCCCUAUCUUUAAUCUCUUUUUUCUUGGUUGUAGGAAACAUUACCUCUGAUUGUAGCUGUAUUUCGUAAGCUUUCACACACAUCCAGCUGCUGUUAUGCAAAUGCAGCAGCCAUCCUUCCUUCCAUUGCAGUGACAAGGGCAAUUGCGGUGAUGAUGGACCUUGAUGCAAUGCCUUAAUUACUGAAAUGUUCCACAUUUUUCUUGAAACCACUAGGUAAAUGGCCUCUUUGUUAGUAUCCUUUCAUCAUUUCCAGCUGCUCUUGAAUUCAUGUUUCUGUCACAAGCUGAAUGCUUCCACUUGUACUUUGAGUUUCUCUUCACAGUUUAAAGCAUUAUUAUUAUGUGCAAAUAUAUACACAACGGGUGGUUGACAUUUUCAAAAUGUUCAGGGUCAAACAAGUCACAUGCUUUAAUUGCUCCAAUUGUGCAAAUAAUGAGUGUUGUCUUGUAGGAAAGCGAUGAAAUCUCAAAGGAGAAUGUGUUCCCCUUUUAUCCAGUGUGAGAAAAGAGAAUCAUGUAUUAUUUCUCUCAUGUAGAGCCACUCACCUUUGGUUACAUUUUCUUUCUCUGAUGCAUACUAGAAGUCACACCCUUUUCUCCAUUUUCAGAAUAUAUCAUCAGACUCCUGGAAGCUGGGGAAGGAAGUGAUCAGAAACAGUGAUGAAGGAUUCGACCUUAUAUUGUUAAGUGGGUGUACAGUUUAGGAGUUCCAGACCACUACAGUAAAAUUGUUGGUUCUAUUUUCCAGAGUGCUUCUGAUCUUAGACCGUGUUCUGGUAUCCGGGACAGCCUGUAAGUUUUCUUGGCAUCUCCAGAGGCUGAGGCCUCUGCUGAAUGUAUGAUGUGGCACCCAUUUGGAGUUUGCAUCGGUUAUAUUUGUUGGCUCGUGAUCAAUACAUAAAAGGAUCGAAUUCCUUGUAUCGUUAUGUUAUCAUAAGGUCGAUUUGGAAUACAGAGGUGAAUGUUGUGGCUCUUAACUCAUAAAUGGCGGGCUCAUCUGGAAAUCAAAUUAUAGACAACCUUCUGGCUAACAGCCUCUGAUUUAACAUUCCAACUACUAAUGGCUUAUAGGCAACUUAAUGAUCUUUGGUUUGCUUUUUGAUGUCAAACGUUGUAGUUAAAUAAGUAUAAAAGUCCAACCAGAUAACAGAAGAGUGCACUGUCAAGUAAACUAGCACUUUCAGCUUCUGAACAUAGCUAGCUCUGUGGAGCAUCACUUUCCUGCUUCUUAACAUAUGUUUCUCCUCCUAUUGGUUAUUUAGGCAGAUUGACAGUGAAUGCCUAGCUACUCAGUUGUUAGAGUUAAUGGGCAGGUAUAGAACAGUCUCAAGAACUGAUUGCUACUUGGAAGCUGGUGACAAGGUAGGUAGGUCGUCAUACUCGUACCAAAUGCUCUUCUAUAAUCCUCUUCCGUUUUACAUCCUCCGCUUCUUUCUUGCAGUUGUGAUGAAUUUUACUUUGUCAUUCUGGCCAUGGAAGUAUCUGUUUAUGCUUCAUUGAAAUGCCAUGACAGUUGCAUCCUCUACUAAUUCAUGUAGCAUUAGAGUUACUUAGACUGAUAUUUACAUUUUCUUUUUGUUGCAUGGGCCAUUGAAUUAGGAAUACUAGUUAUUGUCAACUUCAAUUGAUUUAGUGUCCAUAGUAAAGAUCCGUUCAAUAAAAGCUCUGUUUAGUUUUGUUAUUUCCUGUUGUUGACACUAUUUCAAUCGGAGUAUGUCAAGCUAUUCCAGAGCCUAACUGGAUUUUUGGUAAUAGGUGAUGCAGAAUGGCAGUUGAUUUUCUUGUAGUACCCAAAUAUAGUGGUAAAUCAGACUUUUUAGAUCUGCAGUUGCCCUUCCUGUUAUUAAAUAUCAUUCGUGUGAAAUAAUAAAUUCAGCAUGAUAACACACUUAUCAAAAACAACAUGCUAACAGGGACAAUCAACAAGAUUCCUCUGUCCUGGUUCCUCUUAAAGCGUAAAAAAAUUUCUGCCUUAUUGCUCUUCUGUGGACCAAAAGGCCAAGACUCCUGUUUUCUAACCUUUGCACAGGAAAUUAAACCAAGCUUAUUUUACUUUGCAGGUAUGGCCCUCGAGAUGUAUGGUGAAACUCUAACCAAACUGCAAAUCUAUGGAGCAGCGGUUAUAAGAUAAAGCAGGAGGAGAACCAAUAGAUAGACUUCCUCUCACACGUAGGGAACAUCAUAUUAACACCAAGUGGGCUGGCAUUCACAGACGAUUUCCAGCAGGGAAGCUCCAACCGAUUGUGAAGGGUACUUACUGACAGUCCUCCGUGAUGCUGCAGCGCUGAUGGUGAUAAAAGGAGCGAAUAUUGAGGAAGUCAUGGUGGCCAGAGCUUGUGGCAGUUCAUAAGUGUAUGGGGGAUGCUGAGAGGGGAAUUAGUCCUAUGAAACUUGUGACGAAGAGGAUUGAAGAUCAGAAGCAGUUCUGGCUUAGGCAGAUGGACGAGCGAGCUUGUCUAGUAGCCGUGAUUGAAGUAGAGUAGACUGCAGAGUUGAGCUGAAUUAGUGUAGUAUAACUGGCAAUUGCGUGCAUGCACACAUCAUGCAUAUGUCGGGCUUUGAAAUUAAUUCUUAUACGUUGUGGCAUUACUGUCGAUCUGACUUAAAGCUUACUAGGAUGCUGCUUCGGUAUUGGUAACCUGUAAGGCUAGGUUUUUACUCAUGCGUUGCAUUCUGCUAGAACCAGACUCGAUUCUAGCAAUAGAGUUAGUUUUCCAAUGGCGGAUGUGCCUGUCUGCCUGCCAGUCCACCUCUGUAGCCUUCUCUGCAGUACUGGGCUGGCCGACAAGUUGCCCGAGACUGAUUGUUUCGAUGAAGGGAAGAGGUAUGGUUCUCAAAAUUAUGUGUGUUUGCAAGGUUGGUGUUCAAUGCAUUUUAAGCUAGCUGAUUGUGCUGGUGCUGGUUCGGUAGUACUGGAAGGGUGAAACAAUGGAAAUAAAUAUUAUUGAUCAGACACUCUUAAAUGGCAGUACUGGGGUUUAAUUACAGGCUCACCGGAAAAGUACUUGUAGCAUCCAUUACAACACUUGGGAUAUAUCGACAUGUAAAUUGAUGAGAUCCGAGAAAGAAAGAAAGAAAAGAACAGGGGAGUGGACUGGACUGACUACAUUGUUUGCUUAAUUAGCUAGCAAGAACACGUUUCAGCCUCACUCCUGGUUGAUAGAAGGGAUUUCCAUUCACUAAAUUGGUAGAUUGAUAGUUUGAUACGAAUGAAGGAUCGAGGAUCCAGUAUGUAAUGGUUGUUGUGUGAUGUGUUGGCGUUGUCAAGAAGACUGGAUUUUGACGGGUUCCUCCUGCUGUUUGGCGGCCGGAAGAGCAAGGUGACCCUUCUCCUGGAGGGAAGUCACGGUUUCGUAGAGGCACUGCUUCGCCGGCGUGAACUCCAGCCCAAUGUCCUUGAGCUUUUGGCACGAGAACUUGUACGGCUUCACUCUUGGGUUCUUCUCAUCCGAACACCUGCACCAUUUUCACUUCUUGUUUUAGUACCAAAAUUCUGUUCCAUGCAAUCUACCACAUUCUAUGCAGUGUUCAAAGAUGGACAUAACUCCAUCUCCUAUCUCCAUUACAAUACAUAACAACAUGCGUGCCUACCACGUCAUUAUUGCGUGGGAAACAAUUAUUAUUAUUAUUAGUAUUAUUAUUAUAUGGAAAAAGAAGAGUAAAAGAAGUGUACCAAACCAGUCACCAAUGGUGGGGGGACCUAAAACUAAAGGGAUCCAUCAACAUAGCAAGGACAGCUAAAGGAGCAAAUCCAUCUUAUUUAGGGUAUAUUAGUGGGUUUGUGGGGUUGGUGGAAAAGACUAAAGAGGGGAGUUGGUGGGAGACUGAGACCAUCCUUGCUCUUGGCUCCACUACUUUUUUUUUCCCCCAUAAAUUAUCUCAUGUCACACAGUAAACCACAUCUUCAUCUCUAUUAUCAAUUGAAACAAAUUCUACGAAGCAAACAAGUCCAAGUCAUUGUUAAAGGUGCAACAACCACGUUUAGUCCUCUUGCUAUGCGCUAGCCAGGACAAGACAAGACAAUGGUUCAGGUACUUUAUGAUUGCAAUAAAAGAUUGAAACUUGUCUGACGAUAUCUGAUUAGAGAUCUUCAGCCCAUAACCUUUUAAUUAUGAAUUAAUUGAUUCAUGGUGCUUGGCCAGCUACUUACCUACUAAUUUAAAAACAUUUCUUAACAACCAUCAUUACAUUGAUGGCAAUUAUUUCUAUUGAAGGUGAUUACACAGAACAAGCUAAACUAAUAGAAAGCAAAACUAAAUAAAAUCGCCCAUAUCUAAAGUUCAGAUUUAGAUAAAGGAUUGUUGAAACUAGCAAGAAAGGGCAAGAUACGGGGGAAAUGGUAGGGACGAACUAAAAGUGAUUAAACUUACUUGGUGGGGACAGGGUAUUCGGGGAACAACUUGGCGAGGAUCUCAACAACCUCGCCGCGGUGGAGCACGCUCUCGGCGCAGAGGUACCGGCCGGCGGCGGCCGGGUUCUCGAAGACCAGAAUGUGGGCCAGUGCGACGUCCUUGACGUGGACAUAGGCUUGAACCGAGUUGGCGUAGGUCUUGGCCGAACCGGUCAGGUACUUGAGGAUGUGGAUGAUGCUCGCGUUAAUGGUGGAUUGCAG